CCCAAGAGGCAGACCGGGCUCUUGACAGCCCUACCUCUAACCCUUCACCCGCGCUAUCAAAGUUCAGUCCCUCUUACAUAGAGAGAGACAGAGAGAGAGGGAGGGAGGGAAGAGGAACUUCCCAAAAUGGGCUCUUUGAAUCGAGCUUCGAAGGCGCUGAGAUCCAGAUACCGAUCUCUUCCAUCUCUUUCUUCUGCUGCAUUGGAUGCAUGCAAUUCCAGCUACUUUGGCGUUUCUUGGCAUGGUUUCUGCUCCAAAUCUCGCAAUCCUAACCGUGAGAACGUUGUCGAUUUGAGCCAGUACCCUCCGGAGAGGAUCCGCAACUUCUCCAUCAUCGCGCAUGUCGAUCACGGAAAAUCAACGCUCGCCGAUCGCCUCUUGGAGCUCACUGGGACCAUCAAGAGGGGCCAUGGCCAGCCGCAGUACCUCGAUAAGCUGCAGGUAGAAAGAGAAAGAGGAAUAACAGUCAAAGCUCAGACAGCAACUAUGUUCCACAGGCAUACAUUCCAUGGUCCUGAUGCUACUAAUACAGAAGAGCACCCGAUCUUUUUACUCAAUCUAAUUGACACACCUGGUCAUGUGGAUUUCAGCUACGAAGUAUCAAGAUCCCUUGCUGCUUGCCAGGGUGCACUUUUGGUAGUGGAUGCCGCCCAAGGUGUUCAGGCACAGACAGUUGCAAAUUUUUAUUUGGCUUUUGAAUCUAACCUGACUAUUAUUCCCAUCAUUAACAAAAUUGACCAGCCAACUGCUGACCUUGAUCGUGUGAAGGCCCAGUUAAAAUCCAUGUUCGAUCUAAAUCCUGAAGAUGCUCUUUUAACUUCAGCAAAAACUGGUCAAGGCCUUGAGCAUGUCCUUCCUGCAGUCAUUGAGCGGAUACCUCCUCCUCCUGGAAAAAGUGAUUCGCCUUUACGAAUGCUUCUCUUAGAUUCUUAUUAUGAUGAAUACAAAGGAGUGAUCUGCCAUGUUGCAGUUGUUGAUGGUGCUCUGCACAAGGGGGAUAAGAUUGCAUCUGCAGCAACUAGCCAGGUUUACGAAGUUUUGGAUGUUGGGUUCAUGCAUCCUGAGCUGAAGCCUACUGGAAUGCUGUUUACUGGACAAGUGGGUUAUGUUGUCAGUGGCAUGCGUUCAACCAAAGAGGCCCGUGUUGGAGAUACUCUUUAUCAUGCCCGAAGCAUUGUAAAGCCUCUUCCUGGUUUCAAGUCUGCAAAGCAUAUGGUGUUUUCUGGUCUUUAUCCUGCUGAUGGAUCCGAUUUUGAUGCUCUCAACCAUGCAAUAGAGAGACUCACAUGCAAUGAUGCCAGUGUAUCUGUUACCAGAGAGAGCAGCACAGCACUUGGCCUAGGUUUCAGGUGUGGUUUCUUAGGCUUGCUUCACAUGGAUGUCUUUCAUCAGCGUCUUGAACAGGAGUAUGGUGCUAGUGUCAUUUCUACUAUUCCAACCGUACCAUAUAUUUUUGAGUAUUCAGACGGAAGCAAAGUGCACGUUCAGAAUCCUGCGGCACUGGCCUCAAUUCCUGGAAAACGUGUCACAGCAUGUUGGGAACCAUCUGUGACUGCUACCAUUAUUAUUCCUAGUGAGUAUGUGGGGCCUGUUAUUACCCUCUGCUCUGAGAGGAGAGGAGAGCAACUGGAGUACUCAUUUAUUGAUAGCCAACGGGCCUUUAUGAAAUAUCGUCUGCCAUUGAGGGAAAUUGUUGUGGAUUUCUACAAUGAAUUGAAGAGUAUAACAUCUGGAUAUGCUUCAUUUGAUUAUGAGGAUGCAGAAUAUCUGGCCUCUGAUUUGGUGAAGCUUGACAUCCUUCUCAAUGGACAGCCAGUUGAUGCUAUGGCAACCAUUGUACAUAAUCUGAAGGCGCAGCGGGUUGGUCGUGAACUGGUGGAUAAGCUGAAGAAAUUCAUAGACAGGCAAAUGUUUGAGAUAACAAUACAAGCUGCCAUUGGAUCCAAGAUCAUUGCAAGGGAGACCAUUUCAGCAAUGAGGAAGAAUGUUCUUGCAAAAUGCUAUGGGGGUGACAUUACUCGGAAGAAAAAGCUUCUGGAGAAGCAGAAGGAAGGGAAGAAGCGAAUGAAGCGCGUGGGGUCCGUUGAUAUACCACAGGAGGCCUUCCAUGAGCUACUGAAGGUCUCUGGAUCUAAAUAGAGCAGCCAAGGGGAGAAAUUUUGUAUGUAGGAUUUGUCCUUUUUUAUUUUGUUGUGCCUAAUGCAUUCAGUGGCUGAAAGGUUGUUCGGUGC